AUGACGACGAGCUUCGUGCUCAUUAAGUGCACCAUGGCCAAGCUGGACAACAUUUGCGCGAGGCUAAAGCAACGCCUAUCGGAGCUGGACACCGAAGAUGACGAGCCGCCAAGCCUCGACCAAAUCGAUGUCGUCAGCCUUCAGGAGAACCAGGAUGAGGCUUCGAAUUCCCCAAAACAGAAAGCGACCAGCUCGAGCUGGACGGACUGCGAGGUGGCGGGUUGUAUCUUCAAGGGUGCCGCGCACUACCAUUGCCAUAUCGAGAGAUGCUAUUUCGCCUCCAACGACCAAUUCGUCAUCCGGAAUCACCGGAAAAUUCUGCAUUUUACACCGGCUGAUCCGCGCUUCAGCUACGUACACGUUGAUUCGAGCUGCCCGGUGGAGGAUUGCCUACUUUCGAAACGUAGAAAUCAUCUACACUGUGUUGGAUGCCCUUGGACCGCCCAGACGUCCCUCGACUGCAGCAGCCAUCGAUGCGCGGCCCAGGCAAGAGUUGAAGUCGUGCAAAUCGACCGCCAGCUUUUCCCGCGACCUCCCCUCGUAAUCCGAUCAACGCCAAAAACGGACAAAAAUAUGUCUCACGAAUCGCUAUGCGCCAGGCCGUUCUGCAAACUCAAGAAGAAGGCCCACUUCCACUGUUCGUUUUGCGGCCAGGGCUUUUCGAGCAAGGAGCGGCUAUUUCCGCAUGUCGCCAAGCACAAAACAAGACUCCAACGCACCUACCAGAAGCGAGCCCUCGCGAUGGCCCCGUCUCGAGUAGAAGCACGAAAAAUAGAAGAGCCAUUAAAGGAACAAAAAGCUCCUCCUCCUCCUCCUCCUAGGAUCGCUCCUCAAAUUCCGAUCCAAGAACCGGAAAUGCACGUAAAAUUGGACCCGAAUCCCCUGGAGACGCCUCACCCCCUACUCAAAUGCCCACCAACACCCAUUGACCUCCCCUUUUUGGUCAGAAAACCGAUAUCAUUCACGCUGCAGGGCUUCGAA